AUGUUCCUCUGGUCAUCAGUGUUCUCCAGGGAACCCCAGGUUCCUGGUCAGCGCUCGCCUGAGGAACUGGUAACUAACAUGUUGAUGUUAGAGCUGGGCUCUUUGGUGAAGCGCACUGAGCGCCUGCGCCAGGAGAGGGCGACGGAGAACCGCAGGCGCAGCUCCUGUGUGGAUUACAGCUGGCUGGCUGCACCUCCACAAAAGUCCUCCUAUGAGAUUCCAGCUGGGGAGAUGCUGGAACUUCAGGAUCUGUGUGCCAAGGUCUCUCCCUCCCAAUGCGGCCCCCUCAUCCUCAGGCUGAGGAAAGUGGUGAUAGAGGUAGAGCCAGAGGUGACUGAGGUGUCACGCCUGUUUCGUUCCGUUCUGUGUAACUUUCUGGAUGAGGUGGAGGAGGAGGAAGCCAGCAAGAGAGCACUGAAGGCUAGGGCCAGCCGCAGUAAGAGCAUGUCUGUUAUCAACCUGGGCUCACGGAUCCGCAUCAGCCCGCUGUGGAGUAGAGUCACAGUCAGUCGUGACGCUGAGGACCAAGCCGAGGAGGACGAUGAGGAUGAAGACAGUAUCCACAGAAACAGGAGGAUCAGGAGCAUGCCUGAUAUCAGUGUAGUGGAAGAAAGAGCGCUGACCUGAACAAGCUAUGUUUUGAGUAGGAAACCCCAGGUACAAAGCUGGUAUUCUAAACUACCCUUAAAUGGUACAAAUUAGUACCUUUUGAAAAGAUACUGCCCUAGUGACAGUUUUGUAGCUUUUUACUGAGAGUGUGGAAAGGUUCUAUUGAUAUUAAAGGGGUCAUAUGAUGCUGCUAAAAAGAACAUUAUUUUGUGUAUUUGGUGUAAUGAAAUGUGUUUAUGCAGUUUAAGGUUAAAAAAACACAUUACUUUCCACAUACUGUACAUUAU